CCAACGCUGAUAAAGAAGUUUCACUUCAAUAAUAAAUAAUAAAGUUGGCAAAACGAAUACUUCGGAAUGACAAGAAUUCGUUAAACCGGUGAAACUGUUUCAGGGGAGACUGUUUAAAAAUACUGUGACACGAGAAGGUUUUUACCUUUCUAGAAAAGAGAUUUGGAACACGUAUAUUAUUUUAAAAACUAUUUUAAUAAUCUAAACUAAAACUUUCGAUUUUGCACCAUUUCACAUAUUUUUUCAUGUUCAUUAUAAAUUACAAUAUGGAAUGGGGUGUUAAAGAUAAUAGGAUUGCAGUGAUCGCCUUCCACAAAGUGGGUUUGGAGCCGCCGGACAUAUUUCAGACACUUCAAAAGCUUGCUAUCAGCCGUAUGCUUGUAUAUCAACUACUAUCGUACUAUCAACAGAUAGCACAAUCUGUCCUCCGUCUCCGUCCUGCGUCCGGGCUGAAAGAACUACAAAGGCUGUUAAUGAUGUUAAAGCCAGUUGGCCAUUAGGAAGCAAAAAGUAUUAUUGCCAGAAAUGAAGAUUCACGCUAGGGCUCACGUGUAACUUGUAAAACAAGACCCGAAGCUCAGUGCUGAUCGUCGAUAUACAGGACAUGCCUUUUCAAUUAAAGAGAGUGGAUGAAAAGCACAGAAUCCUCGUUACGGAUAAAACAUUUUCACGGUAGAAAACACUGUAAGCAAAAUGAGAAAGUUUACGCUUACAGUUCUAAAGUUAUCAUCCUGCAAAAGCAAAAGGCAGCCACUUCACUUCUUUUGCAGAAACUAAUAAAUAUAUUCAAAAUGGCAGACACCCAUGAAAUUCAAAUAGAGAACGCGCAAUGUCAAAUUCAUAAAUGGAACUCGGAGGAAGUGUUUUUAUUUUUAAUAAAUCUGACUUGCAGAUUAGGAUUUGCGCUUUUCGAUAUAAUCUAUAAACAUUCGAACGUUAUUCUGUUGUGUAUCAUUCUGCUUGCUGUUGUCUACGGAUUAUAUAAAUCUUAUUGGAGUCCUCUUUUACUAAUAAGGGAGCUGACACACACAGGUUUCGAUCACAUUCCAUACAUCAAAGGCCGGGAUCGAGUCCUCCACAUAGCGAGGUCCCAAAGGAAUCGACAAGUGGGUGAAAAAGUUCCACCUCCAUAUCCCAACGGAUGGUUUGCGCUGGCUGAAAGCAGAGAUUUGACAGUGGGAAAGGUUCUACCCGUUGACGCUUUAGGUGAAAACUUUUGCCUUUACCGAGGUGAGGAUAGUGUCGCCAGGAUAGUCGAUGCAUAUUGUCCCCAUUUGGGAGCAAAUUUGGGAGUCGAAGGGUCAGUGAAGGGCAACUGUAUAGAAUGCCCCUUCCACCAUUGGAGGUUCGGUGAAAAUGGGGCAUGUACUUACAUACCUGAUGUUAAGAAUAUACCGAAAGGGAUUUCAAUAAAGAAAUGGGAUUGCAUGGAGAUGGACGGGGCUGUAUGGGUCUGGUAUGACGCUGAAGGGAGAUCGCCAAUGUGGACGGUCCCGCCUCUGCCGGAGCUUUCUCUAUGGGGGUAUCGGGGCAGGAAUGAGUUCCUCAUUAGUUCUCAUAUACGAGAUAUACCAGAAAACGCAGCAGACGCCGCCCAUCUCAAUUGCAUUCAUCAAUUAUCUUUUAUGACGAAUAUUGGAAAGCACCUGCCAUUUUUAAACAACAUAAUAGGUCACCAUAUAUGGGAAACUGACUGGACGAAAACAGACGAGUCACACAUCGCACAAAUGAGCAUCGACCAGAAUUAUAUGAUUUUAAAAUGCAACGCGUUCCCCUUCGACCUUCGUGUUAAGCAGAUCGGACCAGCACACGUCCGUCUCCACUUCAACUGCAUAUUUGGUGAGGCAUACGUCAUUCAAUCAGUCACUCCCGUAGGACCGAUGUUACAGAAAGUUGUUCAUCGGAUCUACUCGCCCACAUAUAAUGCCAUCUUUGGAGCGAUCUUAGUACUCGCGGAAGCUUAUCAGUUCGAGCGUGACGUUGUCGUAUGGAACAACAAGACGCACGUGAGUUCCCCACCUUACGUCAAAGCUGACAAGUCGAUUCGCGCUUUCCGCGAUUGGUUCGCGCAGUUCUACUCCGAGAAGAGUGUCAGUAUGCGUGACGCUAUGCAAAAUCCAUUGGACUGGUAGAGAUUUAUUAACGAAAACAUUAGCUUGUUUAUACCAUAGGAGUUUGUGAAAAUGUCCUUAUAAAGAAGUUGUACCGUCUAAUACCAUGACCGUGCUAGGACCGUGUUAGAACUGUGUAAUAACCAUGCUGUGACCUUAUAGGAACGUAACAUUGUAUCGACUAGAACGACUCCAGUCUUCUGUCCCUAUCAGCAAUGGCACCAUGCUCAAAAAUUGAGUUCGAGAAUAUUUAUUAUUAAUUUUAUUUAUUUGCCGGUGCUGAUCUGUGCAUGGCAUGCAACGCUGUGCUAUGGACCACUAAAACCGGUACACAAUGUAAUAUGCAAUAGAAUCGUUCCAGGAGUAUAAUAGUCUGACACACUUUUAUAGCACGCUCUUGGUAUGAGGCGCACUCAUUACAAGGAAUUCCAUUAUUGUAUUGUAUUUCUGUUAUGUCACAAAUUCUUUAAAAAUCUGUUUUUUUGUGCCAUCGAUAUUCAAAUUUUCCCCUAAAUCUCUUUAUUGGUCUGCCCUUGUUCCUUUCUUUUGGACCAGACUAUUCGUUUACGGUUUAAGAGCAUCUGUCAUCUCCGUGCCCUGCCCAUUUCCAUUCAAGUUGUAGAGAAUUCACCAUUAUCCUCUCAUAAUUAGAAUUGUCAUUUGUAAAGUUCUUAGAAUAAUAUUUUACCGUUCUAACUAAAGUACUCUAUCUCUUUACACCGUAAACACAAUUUGACAGAAAGAGACUAAAGAGUGCACACGUCUUUUCAUCUCACUCUUGAUCAGAAUGCACUAAAAGCGGCAGUUGGUCUUGGCUGCGCCAAUUGCAACUCGGGAGAUUUACCCCCAAAUUUAGGCAGAAUCAAGAUGUCCAAGGGUGCUUUAGGCAGUACGUUAUUCUAGAAUUUCGAGAAUGUUAGGGGUUUUAAACGAUAUUUAAGGAUAUUUUAAGUUGGUCUUAGGGAACAUUCUGUACUAGGCAUCACUGGGUUUGACAUCUGUGCGUACAGAGCAGACCGAGGCUUAUGGCACGCGAUUGUCGUUUUCAUACUUUUCUGCAAAAAUUUUAAGAUGUGAAGAUUACGAGCUUCACACACAAUUUAUUUUUUUGUAUAACAGGACAAACGUUCUUCUGAGGCUUACCUGAUAUUAAGUGAAACCUUCGCCGAUAGACACUCACAUUGCCAGAGGACUCGCAAGUACGAUGCCGGCCUUUUAUUAUUUAGUAUGCUCUAUUCUUGAAGGACCCUAAGUCGAAUUGGUUCGAAAAUAUUUCAGUGGGCAGCAGGUUCCAUAUAGUGGUGGUGCGUACCAACUCUUAAAACACCGUCAACGCAAUCGCGAGCCCUCUGACAUUAGAAUUGUCCAUGGACUGCGAUAUCACUCAACAUCUGGUGAGUCCCCUGCCGACUUGCCGUCGAAAAAUCGUUUAUAUCGCGUCCCUCAUCUUUUAAAACACAUUUUUAACAUCAUCAAUGCUUUUAAAACCCCUCGUAUAUUUCGCCAUCGUAAUCAAUUUGGUUCUUUUUGCGUCCAAAUACGUAAACCCAUUGUUACGAGGUCCUUGACAACUCCAUCCCACCAACGCAGACUCGGUCUUUCUGGUUUUUUCUUGCCAGGUUAUGAGAUCAGAAAGGAAUGUUGGGUUCUGUAAUCCGCCAUUCGGUGUACAUGCCCCAGCCACUUGAUCCUCAUGACUUGGACGAUGUUAGCAAGGAUUAUAAAUUCAAUAUAUUUAUAAGGUCAGAAACCUUGGACAUGAUUGCAAUCAUUUGUCAAGGCCAUGGCUAACUUGGUUAAUCUGACAGGUUUAUUAAGAAUGUGUUUAACAUUGUAUUGAUGAGGGCAAUUUGAACCAUAGGAGAGAGAAAAAGAGCAAGGAUACGAAAACGAAAUUUAGCGCUAAACGACGUACGAGGUAGUUGUAGGUCAAAAAUGUAUUUAAUUUUACCAUACGGAAUUCAAAGUACCCGUCAGGUUUCAACAGGCGUGACCCACUAACGCCAAACGUAUUUGUAUGGAAAUGCUCACGAGACAAAGUCUAUAAUACUCACACAAAUUCCAUUGGCGGUGGGUCACGCCUGUCCUAUAAUCAUUAAAUGAUUUUGUCUCAAGCCCCAAGAGGUGAAUUUGCUAAAAAAAACAAAAUCAUUCAUUCAUAUAGGUAACACAAUGUACACUUAUGAACGUCAAAAAAAUACAUGUAUAUGAAAUGCUUCU